AUGUGGAAGAAUGGUGCCAUUCAUGCAAUGUCUGUUGCGCCAAAGAAAGUACCAAAGCUACACAUGCGUGCCCUACUGCAGUUGUACCAUGCAGGCGCACCAAUGAAGAGGGUCGCAGUGGAUAUUACAAGACCUAUGCCACUCACUGCAGGAGGGAAUAGGUACAUCUGUUCUGCCAUGGAUUACUUCACUAAGUGGCCAGAAGUAUAUGUCAUCCCAAAUCAGGAAGCCACAACUGUUGUCAGGUCAGACGGAAUGGUAGAAAAGUUUUAUUGGACCUUGGGGCAAGAACUGGCCAAGUACUGUGCUGAGGGGCAGGCAGAAUGGGACCAGAAGCUGCCUGCUCUGCUGAUGGCAUAUCGGUCGGCUACCCACGAGUCAACUGGAUACACACCGGCAAAACUGAUGCCGGAUCACGAACUGUGGCUGCCAGUGGACCUGCUGACAGGAAGACCACCUGAUGAAGAACUUCCUGAAGAAACCACCAGCUACGUCAAAAACCUCCAAAAAAUGUUGACGGAGGUCCACCAUCAAGUUCGAGGAGCUGUGGAGUUUUAA